AUAAGAAGCGAUAAAUUCACAAGCACUUACCAUACCGGAGCGAAAAAGAAGCCCUGAAAAUUUUGCCCUAGGUCUUUUGCAUUAAGAGAGCAGUCUCGUCAAUUGAGAGAAGGGUUGUGCAGGUUCUUCUCGAAUUCAAUGGCUUCGAAGCGGAUCCUUAAGGAGUUGAAGGACCUGCAGAAGGAUCCUCCCACAUCUUGCAGUGCAGGUCCUGUGGGAGAAGACAUGUUCCAUUGGCAGGCGACCAUUAUGGGUCCUCCUGAAAGCCCCUAUGCCGGAGGUGUGUUCCUAGUGACGAUUCACUUCCCACCCGACUAUCCGUUCAAGCCUCCCAAGGUGGCAUUCCGCACCAAAGUCUUCCACCCAAAUAUUAACAGCAAUGGAAGCAUCUGCUUGGACAUUCUCAAGGAGCAGUGGAGCCCUGCCCUGACCAUAUCCAAGGUUUUGCUAUCCAUUUGCUCCCUGUUGACGGACCCAAACCCUGACGACCCGUUGGUGCCGGAGAUUGCUCACAUGUACAAGAAUGACAGGGCAAAGUACGAGACAACUGCCAGAACCUGGACCCAAAAGUAUGCCAUGGGGUAGGCCCCCUUAAACUUGUAAGGGUUAGUGCUGGAAGGAGAUUAAUUCUAGGUACUAUUGGUACAGUUACUCUUUGUAUAUGAAGUUACAUAAUUAGGGCCCCUAAAAUGGUUCGCGAGAUGCACAUUUUCGACGGAUUGUUAUCUCCUUAUUUGCACCCCUUCCAGUGGAGUAUUGUUGGCUCAUGUUAUUUGCUCUCUCUCUCUCUCUCUCUCUCUCUAGAUAUGGAAUUCUAUCCCAAGGAGUGGGUAUAUAAAAUAUAUUUAUA